AUGUCACCCACCACCACCACCGCCGUAGCUCCCAAACGUAAGCUACGACCAGCUAGGAAACAAGUAUCUCCAGGUGAGAUAGAUAAGACUGAAGGUCCACAUCCGGGAAAAGAAUAUAAUCUUUGGUACAAUAAAUGGGCUGGGGGUGAUAAAGAAGAUGCUCUUGCUAGCAAAACCCUUUCUCAAUCACGUUGUAUCUUAAUUCGUGAUGCUGGUUACACUCGAGCAGAUGCUACAGGAAAUAAGUUUUGUUGUUUGUUCUUUGCCAGAGGAUGUUGUCCAUAUGGACAUGAAUGUAAUUAUUUACAUCGUUUACCUAUACCUUCUCAACAAACCGAUCAUUCCCGUGACUGUUUCGGUCGUGAAAAACAUGCAGAGUAUAGGGACGACAUGGGUGGCGUUGGCUCUUUCAAUCGAGCCAAUAGGACUUUAUACAUUGCAAAGAUGCAAGAAAGUCCGGAUAAGAAACAGACUGAAGAGACUUUGUUAAGACAUUUUGGUGAAUGGGGUGAGAUUGUCAAAUGGAAUAUACUAUACAACCGAGGUAUAGCAUUCGUGACAUAUCGACAUGAAUCCAAUGCGUCUUUCGCCAAAGAAGCAAUGGCGAAUCAGUCGAUGGAUAGUGGUGAGAUAUUGAAUGUUAGAUGGGCGACGGAAGAUCCCAACCCAGGAGAGAAAAUAGCCGAAUCGAAACGAAUAGAAGAAGAAGGUCAAAAACAUAUAGGAAGCAUGUUAGAUGAAGAUCUCAUAGAAGCCGCUCAAACGUUGAGAGCGUUGGAAGAAGGUGAUGAAGAAGAUUGGUAUCCUAUCGAAGCUAGUGAAAGACCUAUUGAAGAGAGAAAGAGGGAUGGUAGAUCGGCUUCGCCACGACUCGGAUUAUUAGAUGCGGACGCUUUGGAGAAUGUUAGGUUUUACGCCGAGUUACGGAGGAAACAAGCGGAGGAGGUGAAGAAGAGGGAGAGUUUGAAAGUUGUCGGCCUCGGGGGAGGAAAAGGGAAAGGGAAAGGUGGGAUGGCUCUUUUAGGAGGUUAUGGGAGUGAUGAUGAGAGUGAGUGA